AUGAUUACGUGAUGCGUUGGAAAAGCUAGUCUCCAAGUGAAUAUAUAUAUAUGGGUUUCAUAAGCUAAAAGGUUUCCUAAUGCGCCAGACUUGGUGACCCUUAGACGAAUUUCUGUUAACUAUAUAAUACUAAAAGCGACGUAAAGGAAGUAUCGCACAUCGCAAUUGCCCCGUGCUAUCUGCCAUGUCAGGUGCGAUUUGUCGUUGUUUUAGAGGCCUUCAACUGAUAAGUUGCUAACUAUAUAACAUAACGGACCGCAAGUCGGUCGAUGUGUGUCAUUUCCCACAGACACAAGAUAUGAAGUGGAACAGUGUUGUCGCAUGCUGUUACGUUUUAGUCUGUUUAAAAUUGUUUUGGUUUGGAAAUGUGAGUUGUAAAUAGAUUUAUAAUUUAUUCAAAAACGUUUUUUCUUUCUGACAAUCUGUUUAUUGCCGAUCUUUGCAAUAUUCAGUUGCGCGGAUUAUUAAUUAUAAUUACACUUAAAUCUGUCAAUCUGCAAACGCUCUUGCAAUGAGUGCGUCGUGGAAUAUGAAGGACAUUCCUAUGUUCGAAUUGUACAGGAACAUAAAUAUCGACCCCAAUCCUUUCACCAUCGUGCCUGGCGAAGAUGACGACGACGACAGCGAUGAUGAUACGGUUUUCAAGUUUCCACCACCGGCGAAGUACCGACAAGGUAUUGGCUUUACACCAAGCUAUCCCAGACACACCUCAAUACCAUCCGAGACCUAUCAGCAGCCAAUUGACUCACCUGUGUUUUACUCAGACGGAGAAAUGGCGGACGAACCAGGACACAAAGCAAUGUUGUACUUUCUGGAGAUCUUAAUGAACUCUGGACAACCUUUGACCAUCAGUCAACUGGCUGGUAGGUUUGGCAGUAAAACCUUCACAUCAGACAUGAGACAGGCAUGUGGGGGCAACGAAUCAGGCUUGAAGAAGUUUUUGCUGAAAUUUCCGUCUUUGUUUUGUGUCAGCGGAAAUUUGGUAAGCUUGAACGACGGAACGGCUAAUCUUGGGAAGAAUUUUCGUGAAAGCAGUCCGGCAUCAACAACAUCGGAUGUUUCUGUAGAGACAGAAGCUGUGCAAUAUUUUCGAGCCAAGAUACUAAAGAAAGGUGAAAAGUGGCUUCCAGUUCUUAGCCUUGCAGGUCAUCUUUCUCAAGCUUCUGCUGAUAUAAGAGAGUGUGUUGGCCCUCAAAACGAGUUCAAGCAAUGGUUAGAGAGGCACCCUCUUAUUUUUGACAUUCGUGGCGACCUUGUCGCCUUAAAAGAUAACAUCAACUACAGUGUUGUGAACCCAUCCGAGUCACUAGAUUUGGACGAUGUACAGUUCAAUCCCAACCAACGUUACUCAGUAGGCGAUGGACCACGGUUUUCUGACUCACAGCCGAGAACACCAAAGCUUAAGAGACGCCCGAAAUCUAUCGAGAUCCCACCUAAUUCUCCAAAACCAUCACUAAACAGAACGCCGUCUUUUACCAUGCAAAACCUAUCUACUCCUCUUAGUGCCAAGUCGGGGCCGGCAACUAUGACAGCCAACGAGUAUAAAGCUGUCAUGUUUCUUAAAGGCAUUAUUGAAAAGAAGGGUGACAUGAAGUUAAAUGGACUCACUGGGCAUUUUAGUCAGGCACCAGAAAGUCUCAGAAAUACCAUCGGCUGGAGUAAACCAGAACUAGAGAAAUUUGUCUGCAGUCAUCCAAACAUAUUUGUCAUCUCAGAAGAUGAGACUGUAUCUGUUAUAAAAAAUGCCAGGCUGAAUGUCAUAAUAACUGGCAGUCGACCGUCCUCUAACCCAGCCAAAGCAGGAAAGCAAGGCAAAGGAAGAGUUUAUCAUGUUGCAAAACUUUGGGGUAUUAUCGACUUGGGCAAACAUGAGCAUGUUUUCAUUGACAGAACCAUAUUUGGUAAGCAGAUUGAUGACCUGAACAAGUUGCUGACAGUGGGGGAAAUGGUGUGCUUCGAUUCGAUACCAGCUGCAAAGGGUAGUCGAGCAAGAUGGCGUGCAACAAAGGUCUGGAAGGAGCACGAAUCCAUCGAAGAUUUAAUUGACAAAGUCACAACCCGGCUGGGCUACCCAUUUGGAGAUUCUCUACGAGAGCCCAUGACGCCAAACAGUCCAAUGCCUAUAGCAAAUAUUGACGAGGAAAUUCGAAGAAUGAUUCCAGAGCUGAACGAUUCUAGCGUCAUCCAAUCACCGGUAAAUGUGGGUGGCAUCAAAUACUCGUUUUCGGACGCUGCACCCAGUGGAGCUGGAGUGGUACCCGUGUGGAAUUUCGGGCAUCAAGAACUUUCCGCAAUGCGGGACAUUGAUGACCUUGACCUGAGCGAUGAUUCGCAGUCUGAGGGCCCCAGUCUUUCCAUGGUGGCAGAGAAAUAUUACAUGAACAGGUCUGUGCUCAGCGACACCCCAAAAUUUGAAAACAUGGCAUCGGAAAAUGGCAUUGACAGUAAAUCUUCUGGUAAGAAAAGUAAAUCAAUCGGAUGCCAGACUAUUGUCACGGGUGAGGUUCUUGCAACUCAGCUGUUCCAUGAAGAUAUGUAGGUGUUUUAUUCUUGUUUUGUUGUUUGUAUGGUAACUUUUUUGUAAACUAGGCCAGUAGGGACAGAUAUCCUUACAUGAAAACUGAAGUGGAUUUAUAAAACAUGUAAAAUCUUUUUUCUACUGUUUUAUUGGAGGUUAUGAAAGGUUUAUUUUGUUAUAAACUGUUUUUUUGGAUAAGAUUCAAUCAAUAAGUUGGAAGAAGUGAAAUUAAUUUUAUAAUUGGACAUUUUCACUAGCAGCUUAGACCAGCAUAGGAAAAAACACUUAUUUUAUACAUGUGUAGUACAGUGUAUUAUGUAUUACUAAUACUUGUGUCUUCCAUUUUUUUGAAUACGUUUGGGUGAACUUUUUUAAUAUUAAUAUUUUAUUAAUUGUAAUUAUGUAAUUUUUAGAAUGUGCAGAAUGGAAUGUUUUACAUGUAGUAGUGGUUUCUAUUCUGGACAUGUAUAAAUAUAAUAUGUUCUUGGUACAAUAUGCCAGCAAUAUAUUAUGAGUACAACCAUUUGUGAUGGUUACAAAAAAGUUGUCGGAAAAUGUUUGAAAAUUUUAAAACAUUUGUAGUUGAAAUUUCUUAUGUAUACAUAUGACUUGUCAAUAUUUGUAUGCUGAUAAAAUUGCUUACAAAAUAGCUUACAAUGUAGAGUUUGUGCACAGUUUGUAGCAUAUUUUAAUGAAGCCUAUAAUGAAGCAUAUAAUUAAUUAUAUGUACAUUUCUUGCCUUGAAUAGGUUCUUGAUAAACAUGUAGUAUCAAUUUAUUUACAAUGUGGAGGGUUUUGUACAUGUAUCUGUUUAUAAUUAACUUUUUCGUUUGAAUUAGUCAGAAUUAUGUACAUUGUAUUUUAUAUUUCAAGUUAAAUCAAUGGUGUAUUUGGUAUUUCUUUUUCCCUCUUUAGUUUUGAACUGAUCUUGUACAUGUACUUAUAUAUCCUAAGGUAUGUCGAGUUAAAGCUUUUUUUUAAGCAACUUGAAAAUAAACUUAGAGCAUAUGGUGCAUAAUACAUUUUCAUGAAAAUAUAUUAUUUAUUGAGAUGAUUAAUAGAAUGUUAAUAUUUAUUAGAGCCCUGCUUUGGAAGAAUGGCAUUUAAUGCAUGUGUGUAAAGUGUCAUCCCAUAUUAGCUUGUUAACUCUUUCAGUGCUGGAACCGAAUUUUGAAGGCCUUUGCAAACAGUUUGGAUCCUGAUGAGACGCCGCGUCUCAUCAGGAUCCAAACUGUUUGCUAUUCUGAUAGUAUUCUUUGAAAAAAAUCGAAGAAAAUGCUUAUUUAAGAAAUUCAGCAGACAACAUUUUAGCAGACGACAAAUUUCCCAGCAUGCAAAGGGUUAAGUCUGCAUAGACAACAUUUUCCAUCCAAAUGGGAUUUUUGCUGAGACUACACAGGCUAAACUUGGACAAUACUUUAGUCACAUGCAUUAAGCCCCGUUUUCACAGAGCAAGGCUCAUUAAUUUUUUCGAUCUGAAAAUGUGUGUACAUGAACAAUAAUCAUUACAUUUGUAUCCUAAUAUGAUGGGCUUAGAUCUUAGAGCCUUUUUGUUUGUAUUAGUUUUAAAAAAAAUCCUUCGCAUAAGGAACAUCUAUCUUAGUGGUGUGAGUACAGACAGCUAUCUUAGUGGUGUGAGUACAGAUUAUCAGAAUUCACAAUUGAAAACAACUUCAAUCUCUUAAUUCCAUUAGUCAUAAAUGUAUUUGUAAAAUAAAUUAAGUGAAAUGAUCUUUAUUCUUGUACACAAUUUUUUGUAAGCUUUUAAAUUUCGAACCAACUUUUCGAUAUAUUUCGUUUCGAACUAUUUCGACAUGAUUGUGUUAAGCUUAACUGGAAAAACAGUUGUGGUUUGUUUCAACAAUGAAUGAACAGCAUAUAUAAGAUAUAAGAUACUUUUUCAAAUGCCUAUCAUGCUUUUUUCCAGUGACAGUUAAUUUAGAUGAAUAACAGCAAGUACUGAUUUUUUUCAAAUGUUUGUUAAAUGGGCAAAAUUGUUCCCUUAUUUAACCUACAGUGAUGAGCACAAUUUGUUCAUUAUUGUUGAACAGAUUCUUUCUGUAUUUCUGGUUGUUUCUUUACAAUCGUUUUCCUUACAAACUCUAAUGUCUUUCAAAAGCAUGUGUUGAAUCGCAAAUGUUUAUAGACUUGUUAAUGUUAGCAAUACUAGAUACAACACUUCAUCAAUGUAUUAUAUAGUAUGACAUUUCUAUGUAUUGUGUACAAUAAUAUUUUGUAAAUAGCUUAUAUUUUAUACAAGUAUUGAUAUUAGCUGACUGUAUUUACUUUAUAGCAGUGCUGUGGUUUUUGUUUGAGAGUUUUUGCUUGUUUGUUUUUGAGAUUUUUACCCCAGUUUUGUUCCAUAUAAAAAAUGACUAUUAUGUGGACCUCCCAACAAAUUGUUUUUAAACACAAAAUAGUGUUUAUAAUAGGAGAUAUGAAAGUAAAUUACAUAGAAUUAAAAGGGGCUUUAUUUCAUGUUUCAAUGUAUUUACCUAAAUUAUUGUGUACAUGUUAAAAUAAUUCUUUACAUUUUUUAAUUUAUUUAAAAACUGGACUGGCUAGCCCGAAAGAGUAAUUGACUUUAAAUCUAAAGAUCAUGGAUUCAAUCCCGACACGGCCAUAUAAUUUGCUUGGGAUUUGGCAAAUUCUCCCCUGCUUUAUAUUCAAGUUGGGAAGAUGUGAGUUAUUAGCAAAAGUUCAUGCAACUUGUAUUGGUAAACCAGCUGACCCAGGAAAAGUGUGAACUGUGAGUCUGUUGUGAAUUGAACUUAGAAAUGUAUUUCCCUUGUUUGUAUUACAUGUACAAUAAAUUAAAUUGUAUAAGUAUUGCAUGUCCUCAGGCUUUAUCCUUUUAUAGGGGCCUUUUCACAGAUUUUUGCAUGUUUUGAAGUUUGUCAUUAAAUGCUUUAUAUUGAUAAUUGUAAACAUUGGAAAUAAAAAGCUCCAGUGAAAGAUUGAGAAUAAAAUUAAAAAAGAAAAAACAAGUAACCCACAACUGGGUUCGAACCACUGACCUCUGGAGUCCUAGAGUAAAAGUAUGAACCAUUUAGAUAACGGCCAUCUGCGCUCAAAUAUAAAACGACAACAACAGAACUCUCCAAAUUAUUCAAUUGUUUCGCGUUGCAACGCUUCAUAACUUUCAGGUUUUUAAAUCGUCAAAAGAUGCAUAAAAAACACAUGUAGUGGAUAUUUUAGAUCAUGGUUAAAGUUCCGUAUUACUAUUUCCUCACAAAUAUCAUAACUAAAACGAAAAUUUGCAAAUCUGAAACAACUUUUUGUAAUUUUGUCAAUUUACCCAAACGUGAAAAGGCCCCUUUAAUGUCAACAUUAAGUUUUGGAAGAAACUUCCAGCCAACUUACUGAUUUUUGACACUGAUUUUUUUGCUAGUUUGUGAAAGAAAACAUAGACCUGGGCCCAGUAUCAUGAACAUUCUCAAUGUUUAAGAUCAAAUCAUAUGAUGAGAUUUGAGUUUGUAAUGUUGAUUUCACUUUGUUGUUGGCCUGGGCAGAGCUGUUUCCUAUAUAUGAGGUACCAUUAAUAAACAUUGCGCAUUAUUAUGCAUGUGUGUGCAGUUCCAUUAUGUAUUGACUACCUACAAAGUAUGUUAUUAGCAUUUUUUUUUCAUUACUGGGGAAAAUUAUACAUGCAAGUAAAUGUCUGGCAUUCAGAACCUGUGCAUACUUAUGUGAAUUGUUACAACUAGUAUCCCUUAAUAGCGAGUUAUAUUCAGAAAGUCAUACAUUUCUGUGAGGGGAGUGGUUGAUUUGUAGGUGGGUGUUGAGUGCUCGAGCAUACUGCUUUCUUGCAAUUUGAAUCUCGUGUUGUUGUUAAAAGGUAGUGAACAUUAUUAUCCUAAAAUUUAACAUACAUUUAAAAAACUGAUUACUAAUCUUGUACACUUUUUGGCACAGAUCAUGGUGCACAGAUCUUGUUCAAUGUUACCUCAUUAAUUUUUGUGACAUUUUAAGUAUUUGACAGCGAUAUACACAUUCAUAUUCUGGUUGUAUUAAUACAUAGCAUAUGUACAUUGUUAAAUAAUUUUUGAGACAAGUUGAAUUUUUGUUUUGCUUUAUAAUGCAAGGUUGUUAAAAUUUAUCAGUUGUUGCUCAUUUUCCCUUUUUUUACAAUUAGUUUGUCUAAAAAUGUUUUUUCAGCAAAGUUUAAAUUGCAUAUAUUUUCAAAUCUCUCUUAGUUGCUACAUACCCAUGAAGCAUAGCUUUCUUUGCCUUAAAACCAUUGUAUUCUGUUUGUAGCUUUGUAAUGCAGCAGUGCCUUAGCAAGCUAGUAGUGUAUGUUUGACAACACUAUUUUUCCAAAACCUUUGAAUAGUCUGAACUUGUACUGGUAAUAGCAUGUAAACACUUCAGGCUAGAAACUACAUCAUCGUAACAUUUAAAUCAGAGCUAUAUAAUAGCAUUCUUUGUACGCAAAAAAGGCAAACAAAUAAUCAGUUCUUAGCACUUGAAAAAAGUAUAUUUGAAAAUAAAUUUGAAAAAAAAGUAUAUUUGAAAAUAAAAAUGUUGUGCUUGUA